AUGGGUGGGUGUAUGAGCUCCAACAGCGAGGAGGCGGAACAGAAGAAGAAGAGUCAAGCUAUCGACAGAGUAAUAGAGGAGGACUCGAAGAGAUUACGGAAAGAAUGCAAGAUAUUGCUCCUAGGAUCUGGCGAAAGUGGCAAGUCCACCAUCGUCAAACAGAUGAAAAUUAUCCACCUCAAGGGAUACUCAGAAGAUGAAUUGUACAACUAUCGGCCCACUGUAUUUAAGAACCUUGUCGAAUGCGCCAAGGCCGUUAUCACCGCGAUGCAACAGUUCGACAUUGAGCCGCAGCUGGAGGAGAAUAAACAACAUAUUGAGUACCUGAUGGAAUAUCAAGCCGAAUCAGGACCGCAGGCACAUAUUGAUGAUCAAGUUGGUGUAGCUGUCAAAGCACUAUGGGCUGACCCAGCACGAGAGCGCUUGAUGGAGCACCAGACCGAGUUUUACUUGAUGGACUCUGCAGAAUACUUCUUUCAAGAGGUAAUGAGAAUAGUCGCCCCUGACUAUUUGCCCAACGAAAUGGAUGUACUCCGAGCUCGUACGAAAACUACUGGUAUAUACGAAACGAGAUUCCAAAUGGGCCAACUAAGUAUUCACAUGUUUGACGUUGGUGGGCAACGAAGCGAAAGAAAGAAAUGGAUCCACUGUUUCGAGAAUGUCACAUCAAUUAUCUUUUGUGUGGCUCUCUCAGAAUACGACCAAGUCCUCCUGGAGGAAAGCAGUCAGAACCGCAUGAUGGAAAGCUUGUUGCUGUUCGACUCGGUGGUCAACUCGCGCUGGUUCAUGAGAACGAGCAUCAUUUUGUUCCUCAACAAGGUUGAUAUAUUCAAGCAAAAGUUGACACGGUCGCCGCUGGGAAAUUACUUCCCAGACUACUCCGGGGGAAAUGAUGUGAACAAGGCUGCCAAGUACCUCCUGUGGCGAUUCAAUCAAGUGAACAGGGCGCAUUUAAAUCUUUAUCCUCACUUGACGCAAGCGACGGACACAUCAAAUAUUCGACUCGUUUUUGCCGCUGUCAAAGAAACUAUUUUGAACAAUGCUCUCAAGGACUCGGGAAUUCUAUGA